GCUGUUUUGAUCGCCGUGUGUGCAGAGCAUAGUUCAAAACAGCCAUGUCUACCACAGACCCAUCACCAGUGGCACGUAAUGAAUCUUUGGAAGACGUUCUUUCUCGCCAGCGCCGUGAGGCCAAGGAACUCACUGGUAGAAUCACCGCCCUUAAAAAGACUGUUGGAGGAAAUAAACAAAAGAAAAAGGAGAUCCAGGCGCAGAUAGCUCAGCUGGAGAAAGAUUUAAGUGAAAGGCACGAGCGGGAACGAGCCGAUGCCAAAAGCAAAGUUACAGGGCCAGACGAAGACCAAACACAAAAUAAUGUGGGAGUUGUAGAAGCAAUAAACUCUCCGGAUGGUUCAUCGAUGGCCAGUGAAUCGUCAAGUGCCGUUCAAGACAAGGCCCGGAAGCCAAAUAAAGCCAAAUUACGCAAGCAACGGAAAGCAGCAGAGUUUGAAGAAAUGCGGCGUCAGGCAGCGGAUGAGGCUGCAGAUAUGGUAAAUCACAAAGAGAUCGAGGAUGAGGCCAUUGCGAGCCUUAUUUUGCCGCUAGGUCUCUCAGUAAAGCAGAUCACUCCAGAUGGCCACUGCAUGUACAACGCCAUUGCAGAUCAGAUAUCUUUCCGUGGAAAAGGCGAACCAAUGUCGUAUAAAGACCUACGAAGCAUUGCAGCGAACUAUCUCAGAGAACAUCCUGAGGAUUUUGUGCCUUUUCUUGUAAACCAGGAUGGAAACCCAUAUACUCCAGAAGAAUAUGACAAAUACUGUGACGAAGUAGAAAAUACGGCAGUUUGGGGAGGCCAGCUGGAGUUACAAGCACUAUCUCGAGGCCUCCGACGCCAUCUGCAGAUAAUUCAAAUGGGAUCUCCUUUGAUAAAAAUAGGAGAAGAUUUUCCUGGAGAGCCGUUAAUGUUAUCGUAUCAUAGACAUGCUUAUGGACUCGGAGAGCAUUACAACUCAUUAAGACCUGUUGUGGAGUAAGGGACAACGAAGAUACUGUGUCCUUUCUGUAAUCAAAGACGAAAUUGGAAGCAACACCAGUUCAUAGCCAUGACACAUAUCAGUGAAUUUCAACCAUUUCAAACCAUAAUGAUUUCAUACUUAUAUCCGGAUAUAAUGCUUACCAAUGCUUGAUCGGCCGUUAUGUAAUUUAAUUUGACUUGUUUCAAGCAAAUGGACCUUCUU